AUGGUGCGUGUUAGCGUGCUGGGCGAUGCCCUCAAAUCCAUGUACAAUGCAGAGAAGCGCGGAAAGAGGCAGGUCUUGAUACGCCCCAGCAGCAAAGUGGUCAUCAAGUUCCUGCAGGUCAUGAUGAAGAAGGGCUACAUCGGCGAGUUCGAGUUUGUGGACGAUCACAGGGGAGGAAAGAUUGUCGUGGAGCUGAACGGCAGGCUCAACAAGUGCGGCGUGAUCUCUCCCCGGUAUGAUGUCAAGCAUGGAGAGCUGGAGGCCUGGGUGGCACGCCUGCUUCCCUCCCGUCUGUUCGGCGUCAUUGUUCUGACCACCUCAGCAGGCAUCAUGGACCACGAGGAGGCCAGGAGGAAAAAGGUCGGAGGCAAGGUGUUGGGCUUCUUCUACUGAGCGAGCUCGGUCGUGGAGUUCCAGCGUAGACCUCUAAUGGGGGGCAUCCAGGGACAGCCGUGGUUAGUUGCAAUCGGUGUAUAUUACAGAAGAAUGACCCGCACAGUAUAAGGAGUACUUGCAUGGAGUCAUCACUGUGUCUGAACCAAAUGGGUUCCAGCAAGUCUCUGUUCUUGCCAUGUAACAACUUAAAAUACAGUUGCC